AAAGAGAUAGUUGCAAAUGUAAAACGUAAAAAAACGAGACAAUUAAGAGCUAAAAAAAACAAACAACAUAUGCAUUAUACAUCAGAAAAAUCCCAUUCAGAUUGUUUUAUCUUCUCAUGUUGGGCUACUUCCAAGCAAUGUUUUAAGUGAAGGGUGGAUAAUAGCUCACUUGUUUAGUCUAACCUUGGGGGAUUUCAAAUUUUGUCCAAAUUUCAAAAUUUUUCAAAAGUUUUUCAUUACAAUAAUGAGCAUCAUAGCUUCUUAGAUCUUGCAUAAAAGGCAUGACUGUCAACCCUUGAGCACUAAGCUCGGGUUUGUGACGUGAGAUUCUGAAUUUUGAUGAGUAUAUGUACUGAAAUUUGAGAAUAAGCUUAUGUCCUUUUUGUGUUUGCUAAGUUUCAACUAAUACUCUCAGUAUUUAUCUUUGUGCUUAUGUGAUAGAUUUGUUAUGCACUGUAGUGAUGUGGGGUGUUUCCUUAUUUUCUGCAUCUUAAAUACCUUAUUUUUUUGCAUCUUAAUUGGUACUGAAAUUUUGUUUGUUUCAGUGGAAGAGGCACUAUCAGCAUUGACAUGUACAUGUGAUUUUAAGCAAGAACCAGGAGAGUGAGAGUUUUAGUGUGCCGUAUUUAGAAUUUGCCGAUAUCUUUUUCCCGUUUCAGCAAGUAUUCCUGAUAGUGGGGAUUCUUCGAGUAAUGCUAGAUAUUGGUUCUAACAACGAGAAGUUACUUAAUGAUCCUCUUUGAUUUAUUGGAGUUGAGGAGUCCCACAAUCUUUAUGUUCUGUUUGUUUCUCCAUCACUUUUUCAAGGCUGUUCAAUUGGAGUUCCAUCUUCAGGUUGACAUGAUUGUCUUGACAGAUGGAAGUCGUAUUCUUGGCCUCGGUGACCUUGGAGUUCAGGGAAUAGGAAUACCUAGAUUGGAGGGAGAAGAGUAUCUAUCAAUUGUUGAUGAUUUUAUGGAAGCCGUGCAUACAUGUUGGCCUAAAGCUAUUGUUCAGUUUGAGGAUUUUCAAAUGAAAUGGCCUUUUGAAACAUUACAACGUUAUCGUAAGAGGUUCUGCAUGUUCAACGAUGACAUACAAUUACUUUAUCGAAAACAAAGAAGAAAAGGAAGGGACCACAAGAAAUCAAUGGUGGAAUCGAUCAGGCAGGGUGUGGAAAAUUACAACUCAGUUUUUGUUUUCACUGUUGAGAACAUGAGAAACCUCAAGUUCAAGGAACUCAGGGAGCAGCUGAAGUCAGCUAGCAGCAAGGAGCAGCUGGCAAACAAAUUUCUUUAUGCCAUAAAUGCGGAUGCUGGUUUUGAUCUAAGCUAAUGGAUGUUGUUGUUUUACCCUUCUUCUUGUUGAUAUACCUUUCGUAACAUCCUUUCAUCCCUAAUCUCAUCCUCGACCACAACCACUGCUUUGACCACGAUCGUCUCUCCGAAGAUUUGUGAGGUAUGUUCUUGGAUUGGUUUGACAUUCUACUUUUCUCCCAUU